AUGGACGUAAACAGUUUCCUGCAUAAGUUGGGACCUGAGAUAGACGAUCCAGAUGAAGAAACGUUCCUACUCUUUAGCCAGGACAUCCCCUCUCAGAAUCUCGGAUUCGUUGAUUCCAGAGCAUCGAAGUUGGACUUGACCAUUGCCGGCAAGGACUAUGUCAUUAACCAGUCCCCCACGGUUCUCUCGUCGAACCGUGCCGGAGGAACGACUGGCGCCGUGCUUUGGAAGAUAACGCCGAUGUUUGCAGAAUGGAUGGUCAACCCUACUAAUCAUCUCCGGGAAACUGGCAUCCUGGGUCCAUCUUCAACAGUAAUCGAAUUGGGCUGCGGUAUAUCCGGCCUCACUGGUCUGGCUCUGGCGCCGUCCAUUUCAAAGUAUGUCCUCACCGAUCAGACCUACGUGUCGAAAAUAGUAGAGAGCAAUCUGGCAGAGAACUCUGGCGUCAUGAUGUCGGGUAGUACUGGAUCCCGGCGGAAAGGGAAGACCUCGUCUACUGUCCGGAAGACAAAUCUGAUCUUCAGUCCGUUAGACUGGGAGCUGGAUGAGGUCACGUCAAGCUUAACAGGCUCAGAUGUGGUUAGAAGCUUUGACGUCAUCGUUGCCUGCGAUUGUAUCUACAAUGAUGCUCUGAUUCGACCGUUGGUCCAGACCUGCGUUGAUAUUGGUAAGUUGAGGACUUCAGACCCAGUGGCCCUACAAAGUCGUGGGCCAUCUAUAUGCAUCGUGGCUCAACAGCUGCGAGAUCCUGAGAUCUUCGAAGGGUGGAUGAAGGAGUUCCAUGAGCGUUUCCAGACUUGGCGUGUUCCGGGAUCUGCCCUGACAGAUGAUCUACGGUCAAACGCUGGAUUUGUAAUACACGUUGGCAUAUUGCGAGAUGGUGACCGUAUAUAA